AUGCAAAGAGAUCCUCGACCAACCAACCAACGCGUCAACAAACACGUAAAUAAUGACACCUAUCUUCGGGUUCAAAACCUGACCAUCUUAGUCAGAAACAUUAAGACUUACUAUCAGGAGGUCCUCCAGCAGCUGAUUGUAAUGAAUUUACCAAAUGUUUUGAUGAUUGGCAAAGAUCCUCUUUCUGGUAAAAGCAUGGAUGAAAUUAAGAAGCUGCUGUUGUUGGUUCUGGGAUGUGCUGUGCAGUGUGAAAGAAAAGAAGAGUUUAUUGAAAGAAUAAAACAACUGGAUAUUGAAACCCAAGCUGCCAUUGUGUCGCACAUUCAGGAGGUGACUCACAACCAGGAGAAUGUCUUCGAUUUGCAGUGGCUGGAGCUCCCAGAUAUGGCCCCAGAAGAACUAGAGUCUCUCUCCAGGAAUAUGGUUUUCCACCUCAAGAGGCUCAUUGAUGAGAGAGAUGAAUGCACAGAAGUCAUUGUAGAUCUUACUCAAGAGAGAGAUUAUCUGCAGUCUCAGCAACCACCAAGUCCUCUGAAAGCACCAAGUCCAGAUUCUUCACCAAACCCAGCCAACCCUCUUUCAAAUGAAGACAAGCAGCACCUUGCAGUUGAGCUGGCAGACACGAAGGCUAAAUUAAGAAGAAUCCGGCAGGAGCUGGAAGAGAAGUCUGAGCAGCUUGUAGAUUCUAAACAUGAAGUUGAGCAGCUCACCCUAGAACUACAAAAAAUAAAACAAGAGAAUAUCCACCUGGCCUCAGAUGCUCGCUCUGCCCGAGCAUACAGAGAUGAGCUCGACUCUCUGAGAGAGAGGGCAAACCGUGUGGAGAGACUUGAGAUGGAACUUGUUCGGUGCAAAGAGAAACUUCAUGAUGUGGAUUUUUACAAAGCUCGCAUGGAGGAGUUAAGAGAGGACAACAUCAUAUUAAUUGAAACAAAGGCCAUGCUAGAAGAACAGCUAACGAUGGCAAGAGCUCGUGGUGAUAAACUGCAUGAAUUAGAGAAGGAAAAUUUGCAGUUGAAAUCCAAACUUCAUGAUGUAGAGCUGGACCGAGACACGGACAAGAAGAGAAUUGAAGAGCUGCUGGAGGAGAACAUGGUCUUGGAGAUUGCACAGAAACAGAGCAUGAACGAGUCCGUACACCUGGGCUGGGAACUAGAACAACUGUCUAAAAGCACGGAUCUUGCAGAUACCAGAAAGUCCUUUGUGUUUGAGUUGAAUGAAUGUGCUUCGAGUCGCAUACUGAAGCUAGAGAAGGAUAAUCAGAGCCUGCAGAACACAAUCCAAGAGCUGAGAGAUGCCUCCUUGACCUCCAGAGAGAGCAGCCUAAAGUUUGUGGAACUGGAAAAGGAAAAUCAACAGCUUAGCAAAAAGAUCGAGAAGUUGCAAAAUCAAAUUGAAAAAGAGAAGCAAAGUAAUCAAGACCUGGAGACCUUGAGCGAGGAGCUGAUAAAGGAUAAAGAGCAGCUACAAGUCGUCAUGGAGACUCUAAAAGCUGACAAAGACAGACAGAUAAAGGACCUUAAACAAGAAAAUGAUCACCUUAAUCAAGUGGUCUUAUCCCUGAGACAAAGAUCUCAAGUGAGCAGUGAGGCAAAAGUAAAAGAUAUUGAAAAAGAGAACAAGAUCCUUCACGAAACAGUUACUGAGACCAGUAGCAAACUGAGCAAGCUGGAAUUUGAGAAGAAACAAUUGCAAAAGGAUUUUGACCAGGUUAAAGAAAAAGUAGAAAGAGUGGAAGAAAUGGAAAAGGAGCUCCAUCGGCUGGAGAGAGAGAAUGAACAGCUCACAAAGAAGGCAGCAGCGAUGAAAAUAGUGACAGAAAAAGUGGAAGUUCUUGAGCAGGAGAAUGGGGAUCUGGAAGUGGAAAAUAGGAAGCUAAGAAAAUCCCUGGACACAUUGCAGAAUAUUUCCAUCCGGCUUGGGGACCUGGAAAGGGACAACAAGCAGUUGGAUGAAGAAAAUCUGGAGCUUAGGAGAGUGGUGGAAACCAUGAGAUUUACCAGCACGAAAAUGGCACAAAUAGAAGCAGAAAAUAAAGAUUUGGAAAGGGAAAAAGAGGACUUAAGAAAGAAUGUGGAAAUGUUAAAAGCAAUGAGCAAGAAAUCAGAGAGGCUGGAGCUAAGCUACCAAAGUGUCAACUCUGAAAACCAGAGACUUCAGCAAAUUGUGGAGAACAGCAGCAAAAAGAUCCAGGACUUAGAAAAAGAAGUACAAGGAAUGGAGAGUGAAAAUCAGGUCCUUCAGAGAAACCUUGAGGAGCUAAAGAUUUCUGCCAAACGGCUAGAGAGGUUAGAAAAGGAGAACAAAGCUCUAGAACAAGAAAUGUCUCAGCUUGAGAAAGACAAAAAAAUGCUAGAGAAAGAAACAAAGCGGCUUUGGCAGCAAGUGGAGCUGAAAGAUGCUAUUUUGGAUGAUAGUACAGUAAAGUUGGCAGUUGCUGAGAAAGAAAACAAGACACUAGAAAAGGAAAUUGCUCGAUUCAGAGAUUCAUCUAAUAAGCUGAAAGAAUUUGAAAAGGACAAUAAAGAUCUCAUAAAGCAAGUUACAAUUGAUAAAAGAACACUAGCUACAUUGAGAGAGGAUUUGGUCCUGGAGAAGCUGAAGAGUCAACAGUUGUCUAGUGAGCUGGACAAACUGAGCCAGGAACUGGAGAAGAUAGGAUUGAACAAAGAGCUGCUGCUACAGGAUGACAACGGCAAUGACGACACAAAAUACAAGAUUCUGGAGAGCAAGACUGAAUCGGCACUAAAAACAACACUAGCUGUGAAAGAGGAAAAGAUUGCAAUGCUGGAAGCUCAAGUGAAAGACUCUCUGAACUUGAACCAGCAGUUACAGAAUGAUCUAAAUGUGGUGAAGAAGGACUUUGAUGCACUUAAGCAGUCUCACCAAGAUGGGCAGUAUGCUCAGAAGUCACUGAGGUAUUCUGCAGAGAAACUCAUUCCCAACCACCAAAUGAAUGAGAAAUUGGAAACGGGACACCGAGAAGCUACCAUGGAGCUGCUGAAACUGAAAGACAGGGCAAUUGAACUGGAAAGGAAUAAUGCAGCGCUGCAUACUGAGAAGCAGCUGCUUAAAGAACAGCUGAAGCAUUUGGAAACACAGAAUGUCUCCUUCAACAAUCAGAUCCUGACACUACAGAAGCAGAAUGUCUUCCUUCAGGAGCACAAUACUGCCCUGCAGACGCAGACGGCCAAACUCCAGGUAGAAAAUUCAACCCUCAGCUCCCAGAGUGCUUCACUGAUGGCCCAGAAUGCUUUACUCCAAAAUCAGCAGACAGCCAAGGAGAAUGAGAAUGAAAAUCUACUGAAACAGAAGGAGCAGCUGAAAGCUGAGUAUGAGUCACUGCUUCAGGACCACGAACACCUUGCUUCACUGCAUGAACGGCAGUCCACAGAAUAUGAAAUGCUAAUAAACCAGCACAGCUGCCUGAAAACGUUGCACAAAAACCUGGAUCUGGAGCACAAAGGUCUGGGUGAGAGAUACAACAGUUUAAUGAAACACAAGGCAGAAUUGGAAGAGUUGGAAAUAGUUUUAAAAACUGAGAGAGAGGUUCUGCAACAAGAGAGGAGAUCAAAUGCAAUAACCACUGGGGAAAACCAGAAGCUGAGGGAGGAACUGGACAGGGUGAAUUUCUUGCACAACCAACUAAAGGCAGAGUACGAAGGGCUGCAUUCACACACUAAAGAGCUGAAAACUUCCUUGAACAACUCUCAGCUGGAGCUGAAUCGUUGGCAGGCUCGCUACGAUGAGCUGAAAGAACAGCACCAGUCCAUGGAUAUUUCUCUGACCAAGCUGGAUAACCACUGUGAGCUGCUGUCCCGUCUAAAGGGAAAUCUGGAAGAAGAAAACCAUCAUCUCCUGAGUCAGAUUCAGAUGCUGAGCCAGCAGAAUCAGAUGUUACUGGAGCAGAACAUGGAGAACAAGGAGCAGUACCAUGAAGAACAGAAACAGUACAUUGAUAAAUUGAAUGCCUUAAGGAGACACAAGGAAAAACUUGAAGAGAAGAUAAUGGAUCAGUACAAGUUUUAUGAUCCUACUCCAAAAAAGAAAAACCACUGGAUUGGAGCCAGAGCCUUAGUCAAACUAAUCAAGCCAAAGAAGGAGACUACAAGGGAGCGGUUGAAACCAGCAGCAGAAAGCCCUCCAUGGCAUUCUGAAUCCCCAGAGACGGUAAAUUCUCCAUCUGCCUCCCAAAAACUUAAACAUCAACAAGAGACUCAGGAUAAUACCUCUCAAGGAUCAAACUCUAUGGAAGAGAGAGAGAACCCUGGGGGUUCUUCAAAUAAAGUGCUAAUGGACUUAAAGCAAAAGAGGAAUUCCCAUCACGGAGGCAGCAAUGAUAAUGUUGAAAUCUCAGCAGACUCUGCGACAAAACACUGCUGUACGGAGCUGGGUCUCAGGACUUACUCGACCUCGGCUAUUCAUCUGCACACUUCCACCCCCAUCGCCAGGCUCCAGGGCAGACCAAAAGGCUACAAUUCAGAGGAUAAUCUAUGUGAACAGUCCCCUGAGGUAGAGUUUGCAAACACCAGACAGCACGUGUCCAGGCCAAACAGUUUAGAGAGCAGUAGAAACGCUUCCAGCAGUAGUUCACCUCUCAAUUUGAAAGGUUCCUUAGAUCAUAUCCAUGGUAGAACUGAGAGCCUCAGCAGUGAAGAUAUGGUGCCAAGCAGAGAGGCACCAGCCUUGCUCCGAGACACCUAUCCAUUUCACUCUGCUUCUGCCGGCGUAAGCCCUAGCAGGAGGCAUGAGUCCUCCUCCCACAGGAAUGGCUUGAUCUCUUAUGAUAUACCUCAGAAGAGUACUCCAUCCCAGUCUUACGCAGGAAGGCAAAGGUCUGCCUCACCUGGCAGUGUGACUGUAACUUUGGAAGAGUUCUUGGAAGAGAGCAACAGGCUGUCUCCACCAAGUGACACCUCCAGUAACAGAGACGACUUGCUCAGCGAUUAUUUUAGAAAAGCAAAUGAGCCUUCAGCUACCGGGAACCUACUGAUUCAGCCGUCCAGAAAGGACGCUGCUAAGAUGCCCACUGGUCUUGUUGCUCCAACUGUGAAGAUGACCAUUGCCAACGAAGAAGGAAGAACCGCUAAGCCUGGCAAUUACAUGAAGCCAAACCUCAGACAAGUAGAACCUGAGCCUGUGGCACACUCCCAGGGGUCCCUUAAGCUUCCUCACACACCACAGCACCAGCCCACCAGUGGGACGCGGCAGAUGGCGCAGCCUCAGCAGCCUGGAAGCACGAGCAGGAGGAGUACCUCACUGAGCAGGGCAUUUAGCUUAGCCUCUGCAGACCUCCUCAGAGCCACCGGCCCGGAGACGUACAGGCAGGAGAGCCCUCAGAGGUCAGCAGCAGACUUGUGUGGGGGCAAGGAUGCUGUCAGUCAGACUGCUAGGGUUUCUGUGCCCACAAGCUCCCAGGCAACCUUAAGAGAGAGGCCACAGUCUGCAAAGGUGGCAGGUUCAACGCAAGGCGUCGAUUCCCGCUGUCGGCAGCUUGACGCGAGGCGCCUUUCUCUGGCCCCACCGAAGGAUGAGAGGCCGCUCUCCUUCCAUCAGUUCUCUGCCUCACCCACUGCAUCCACCAGCAAUCUGAAUGUGUCACAACAGGAGCGUGUCAACCCUGGGCAGCACUACUCACCCGCAUCACACGCUCCCUCUAAAGUCAAACCCAAGUCAGCCCCUCGUUCUGGGGAGGUGGCCACAGUGGCCCCUGCCAGAGCUGCUUCCAGCAGCACCGAGGGAAAGAUUUCCCAUGGGCAAGGCCAGGGUGAUGCCCUACUUACCAAGUGCCCGGGUAAGCUGCCAGAAGGCAGCACUGGGACUAUAGAGGAGCCCAUGAGAGGAGGCAGCUCCAACAGCACUCCUGGGUCUCCGGAUCCCCAGGGGGAUCAGCAGACGGUUUGGUAUGAGUAUGGGUGUGUGUAA